AUGACCCGCGCGAAAGAUUUGAAGGGUGAAACACCGUCCACAAGUUAUGAACCCUCAACGUCAGAAAACACUUCGAAUAAUAAAAAAUAUACUUCAGAACUUAAGGAUCCCAAAAAAAUAUUGAGUGUUACUAUAUUAUUUUGCGUAAACCUUCUCAAUUAUAUGGACAGGUAUACUAUAGCAGGUGUGCUGACCAACAUACAGUCUUUCUACCACAUUAAUGACGCUCAAGGAGGUCUAUUACAAACGGUCUUCAUAAUCUUUUUCAUGCUUUGCUCUCCACUGGUAGGUUAUUUAGGUGAUAGGCAUAGUCGGAAAUAUAUAAUGUUAGCUGGUAUUUCGAUAUGGGUAGGUGCAGUGGUAGCGUCGACGUUUGUUCCUGCAGAUAAAUUUUGGCUAUUUCUUCUUUUUCGAGGAAUAGUAGGAGUCGGCGAAGCUUCAUAUGCAAUUGUCUCUCCGGCGUUGAUAGCCGAUUUGUUCACUAGUCAGAAUAGAAGCAAAAUGCUAAUGGUGUUCUAUUUUGCCAUUCCUUGUGGCAGUGGUCUGGGAUUCAUCGUUGGCUCAAGCGUGACAGCUCUCACUGGUCAGUGGGGAUGGGGAGUACGUGUCACCGCAGUCAUUGGUAUGUUACCAUUCACUAAAACAAGCACUGAGAUGUGGAUAACUCAGCACAAGCACGGUUUGAAAUACGGCCGUGAAGUAAAUUGUUUCACAAAAUCACAUUUCGCAUUUGUCAGAGUAAGCCAAGGUAACUAGUG